AGAGAAGCGACAUCGGAAAUCGCUUCGGAAGCGGGGGAGCUCCUUGCGGCAACUAGGCGUUCGGCUUAGCUCGACCACGCGAUCACUAGGAGACCAAAGGAAGCAAUGUGCCGCAGCGUGGUAUCCUGAAGACGACACAAGCGGCAAUUCCUCGGACACUGUCAAUAAAGUGGAAUAAUCAAACAUACAGCUGCGGGGUUGGUCUGCCGAGCGAUCCCUGAACAGCUGUCCGGCAGAUGAUACUCUGAACCAAUCAGCGAGCGCGGACGGUGUAACAUCAGCGCAAGGUCACAGGCUGGUUCUCCUUUCCAUCACCGUUGCGCACGGUCGCUUUUUGAGGCGUACUUUAAAUUCAAUUUCUGCGAUAAUUAUGACUCUGUGGGAUGAAUUAUUUCUCAUGGUGCAUUUUACUGGCCUACUUAACAGUUUUACAGAAAUAAUUACGAAUUAAAGAAAGAAGGGUGUUAAAAAUGACUUCUGUGCAACACAGAGAAAGGUCAGAAGAACUCGGAGCGAGUCUGCGACUCAUUGCUUCAUGUAAACAGAUACCACACGUGCAAAUGAAAUACUCGCAUGUCAAAUUGCAGUCUGCACUCCAGUUAGUGAAGCAUAGCACAAGUUCCAGUGUAACCGGACUCGCUAACGACAUCCAGGACCAUAUGGACCAACGCCGAAAUGUCGUCGUGGACACCGGUGGAAGAGCUUGUUGUUCCCCGCGUCAAGCCGCAGCGACGACAAAGGCGCUUUCGACCUCGACCUGUCCUGUGUUCUAUUUCUACUGGACGUGUCACCGGAUAUGGUUAGUUCUAUCAGACCAUUCGAUGGAUUAGGCAAAGCGCGCAGCUUCAAGGAAUUCCGAAUGAAACGAGGCCUACAGAUUGAUCACCAAGUCACAGCGCAUUCCGUCUGCCUAUCCAAGGCCGACACAUAUAGAACAAGCGUUUAUAUUAAUCACCAGAAAAUGUACCAUAGACUUAUCAUCCGAUGUAAACUAAUAAUUAAAUCUCAGAAUGCAUACACAGCCGUACGUUACUUCUGCCCUGCGAUUCCACCACACCCCCCUUUGCAAACCAUAGUACCUCUCUCUUCCUCAGUUGCAACAUGCACUGCUAAGGACCGGGAGAGUUAUCAUCAGAUUUAGGUAAACCGUAGGCAUAUUUCCCUGGUGUGCUUCAGAUUUACUCGUUCUCGUUCAUCUUAUAUCUUUUCACAUCACGAAAGUGUUGUCCAGUUAGGACAACUGUAUUCACAACAGUCUUCGAGCUGUCUGCCGAGUCUUCUAUAAAGCUGCGCAAGAGUGUCUCGUUGCCAGAAAAGGAUAGACAUGCAAAGUCACUCCUCAAACAGCAUCCACCACGAAGAUAAGAACGCUAUCAAGAACUGGCUAUUUCCAAACGACGCGGGUAAUGCGUCCUUCUCGAGAGUGGCCGGAACUCAUCAAGGCCUGAGAGCGACCAAUACACGUCACCAACACGAGGUGGUCAAUGGAAAUCGGGCCAACGAGGAGAUGAAAGUCGUUUCACGUGCUACGCAUGCCGCAUGCCAGAGCAUCUGAACGCACUGAGAACAAAGGGUGGCAGAUAAGAUAGGCGAAGAGAAGGAGGAGAAAAGAUGACGCCUUCUCUUGUUAUCUUCUGCUGAGCGUCCUUCCGUUCAACAACGUCAGUUGGGAGUUCCACAGUCAGCGAGCACACAAGGUUGCGCAGAAACCACAGAAAAAAAGGAAGGUAGAGCAACCGUUGUCUCCGAGUCCUCGUAAUUCACGUCAACAGUUGCACCCGUUCAAGUCGGUCAUUCUGGAAGCAAUCGGCUUAGGUCUGGCACCCACUCUGGCAGACGUCGUGAAUCGAGGGAUGGUCAACCUCUGCCUGGUACAACUGGCACGGGCAUCGAGGGCAGCCAAGCCGUGGCUGGCAUCUUCAAUCCGAGAUCCAUCCGCGUAGUCCUAAGUGGAAGAGUAGACCUCCCGUGCCUUGGACCUGCCUUCAACACCCAUUCUGAGUACCACGGUGCUUUACCCCCCUGUUAAGCAGUCGAGAACGUUGCCUCACAUCAGCCGACUCUCUAGUCAAGCAACUCGCCAUGCUCCUCGACGGCGUGCCCAAGACUACGGCGCAAGAAUCUCCACAACCUCUGUCCACAAAGCAGUCGGUUCAGUACGGCAGCACAGAGACUAACAUAGGGUUGUACACAGCAGGCAACGUAGAGUUCGUGACCGUGCAGCCACUGAUUCAGGCGAAGAAAGGAGCACCUGAUCAACCAGGAGAGAUGGAACCGUUACUUCGUAACUCAGAUUUCGAGGCGGAGUCUUGGUGGAAGUUCCUAAUGCAGGUGUUUCCAUCAUUCAUGCUUGCGGGAUUUGGCAUGGUCGGAGCAGGUCUCCUUCUGGAUGAGGUGAAGACAUGGCCCGCUUUCGUGGAAGUGUCGGAACUCUUCAUCUUGGUGCCAGGCCUUCUUGGACUUAAAGGAAAUCUAGAGAUGACCCUGGCUUCACGCCUCUCAACGCAGGCUAACAUGGGAGGGACAAACACGGCGCGAGACGUACUGAAGACAAGUAUCGCUAAUAUGGCACUUUUACAGUGUCAAUCUGUUGUGGUAGGAGCUCUGGCAUCUUUUUAUGCUGUGCUAACGACAAUGGUGACGGGGACGUCGGUGACGGGUUCUCACGUGGCUCUAAUUGUGUCAACGAGCACAAUAACUGCAUCGUUGGCCAGCCUCGUUUUAGGCGGUGUCAUGAUAGCAGUCGUAGUGUCGUCGAAGAGAUGUGGUGUGAACCCUGACAACGUGGCCAUUCCCAUCGCGGCCUCACUCGGUGACAUAACUACGCUGGGCCUUCUUGCCUUCGUUAGCACGUGCUUGCUUGACUUCCCAGGACAGGAUGUCUGGAUCCCGUUGCUCGUCGUCGCAGCUCUCACACUCCUCCUGCCAGUAUGGAUCAUUCUCGCUUACAAGAACAAGCACACCAAAGAUGUCUUAUUCUCAGGGUGGAUGCCGAUUAUUAGUGCAAUGGUAAUCUCAAGUUUAGGAGGCAAUAUUCUCGACGCGGUUAUCAAGCGUUUCGGCGAAAUGGCGACUUUUCAACCACUCAUGAACGGUGUUGGGGGCAACUUAGCGGCGGUCCAAGCCAGUCGGAUGUCUACUUAUCUUCACAGUCACAGAGACGAACCGAUUUACGCCGAAGUGAAGCAACUGGACGGCCCCGUUGGCGGUUCUUCCGUCGUGUGCAGCAUUUUUUCUAGCCGAGAUAGCAACGUGCGCAGCAAGUACCUCCUUCUGCUGCUCGUUAUCCCGGGCCAACUCGUGUUCCUUACCAUCAUCUCACUUGUGGAUAUGGGUAGCUUCCAGCUGUCCUUCGGCUUUGUUCUGUUAUACACAGCGACAGCGUUGGUUCAGGUCGCCCUGCUGUUGCAGUUGACGCACUCCCUGAUCGCAAUCAUGUGGCGUCGCAAGAUGGACCCGGACACGGCAGCUAUUCCCUUUGUGACAGCGUUCGGGGACCUCAUAGGCACCGGUCUGUUGGCGCUCGAUUUUUGGUUCAUGGCGACCAUUGGAAUGCCCGCAGAAGUGCCCUAGAUACUCAUUCCGCAUACAAUGCAAAUUUAUCAUUUGAAUACCUUUUUAAAAACUCCCUUCUAACGGGUAUUUCCGCGGGGAAGUACACGAUCCUGUAUUCUUACCGUGUGCGUACAUUUAAACGAAGCACUCACAGCUUGUAACCAGCGUUAUCCCCGAUGCAGCACAUUUGUGCCAAGAUAAAACGACGAGGACGUAAUUUCCUCUAAAUCACAUGUAACACUGACUCGUGUCUGCCUGCCACUAUGUUUCUGUACCUGUUGCAGAUGCAAUGCAAGAUUGACUACGGAACUCGAUGUAUCCAACUGUAUGCGAGACGUAUGGUGUUCAAUAAAAUGUGAGUUACUUCGUG